CGCAAGCUAGCUAUCGCUCCGUACUGAGUCGCCCGUUUAAGGGCUAAGAGCAUUCGCUAUGACACCCAAGCUCGCUAUGGUCUUCGCCCUAACUUUGGGUUUGAUUGGACUCGUGAGAGGCGACUCAUACGGGGAGAGUAUCUAAUCGGUGCGGAGCCCCGAUCGCGGGUUGAUAAAUGGUCGGGAAGGGCGUGUAAAACAAACCCAACAGCUUAGUAGGAAGGAAGCGUCUACACUGAUAGGGCUCAAGCUACACCAUCAUAUGAGCACUCGCGAGCUCCGUAGAUAUUUUGGAGUCGAUACCCAUGAUCAAGUUCCAGACUACGAAGUUGCCUCGCCAUUCCAGGUGGAUCACAAAGGAGACUUCCUCACAUACAAGUUGCACCACCCUUCUCCCCACCGUCACAAACGCAGCGCUGCUGAGCCUCGCCUGCAGUUCGUUAACAUACGGGCUCUCAGCCUUAAUUUGAACAUGAAACUUACCCCGGCCAGCGGCCCCUCGCAUGCUCGUUUGGUGAUGGAAACCCACCAUGAGAAUGGCACGACAACGUACGCUGACCCACCGCAGGCGCAGUACUAUCAGGGUCACGUGGUCUCUAAGCCUGGCUCCAUGGUUGCACUUAGCAACAGCGGAGGCCUCACGGGAAUGAUAAGUCUACUCGACCAGCUACUGUACAUACACCCAUUGUCGACUCAUCUCGCUAAGUACAAUGGAAAGCGAGGAGGUGGGCAGCCGCACGUGGUCGUGCGGCACCCGGUGAAUGCUGGGAAGGUGUACAAGAGAUCUUGCCACGUGACAUCAGUGAGUCGGUCGAGACGAGGCAUCCGGGACCUUCGCAACCGCCGUUCAGUAAAUAACGUCACUAAGCCCGGUCGCAAGACGCUUGAGGUUGCCAUGGUAGCAGAUCAAUACGUCAUCAAGACUCAUGGCGAGGGCAAGAUUGCUGACUUCAUGUUAAUGCUGGCUCAUGUUGUGAACCGGAUGUUCCAGGACGAGUCCGCAGGCGAUACACGUAUCCAACUCGUCGUGACGAAGCUCGUCAUCAGCAAACAGGGCUUGUCGUACAACGCCACUGACGACCUUCAUACCAAGAUCAAGAUAUCUAGCAACUGGGGAAUACUCAACAUUCCCCUAGACCCAGGCCAACGCGGUCAUGCCGACGUCCUCGUCCUUGUCACGGCGGGAACAAGAGGAGGAUUGGCACAAGCGUCCAGUACGUGUACAACUCAGUUUGGACGGACCGUGAAUAGUUAUGUUGGGCUCGGCACCGCGCUGCUGAUAACACACGAGAUCGGCCACACUCUGGGUGUCCGACAUGACGGUGGCCGGGAAGAGUGUCCGGAUGAGUCCUUCCUGAUGUCCACGGCGGUACCUGGCGGAAAGAGGGCACAGACCUGGUCACCGUGCUCCCGGCGAGAUCUACAGGAGUUUUUAAGUGGAUCGACAUCGUCAUGCCUGGAUGAUUUCCCGGGGGAGGAGACGAUAGUACAUGCUCCUGCGCGAUUUCAUCACAAGUUACCAGGUCAGGUUUAUGACGCGGACACGCAGUGCCGGAUGCAGUAUGGGCCAGGCUAUUACCAUUGCAAGCAACUCCAGUCUAACUGCGGCAGCCUCUUCUGUUCAAGAAAUGGGGUUCAGUGCGUGAGUUUCAGGGCCCCGCCCAUGGAUGGGACACGCUGCGGCGUCAGACACUGGUGUAUUAGUGGUGAAUGUGUGGAUGACGGCUCCCCGAUGAUCAAUGGGGGAUGGAGCGAAUGGGGCAACUACUCCGACUGCAGUCACUCCUGUGGGGGAGGGGUACAGUGGAGAUCGCGCACUUGCACAAACCCCGCACCCGAGGCUGGAGGCGACAAUUGCGAGGGGUCUUCACGAGGGCAUUGGCGUAUAUGUAACACACAGGCAUGUCCAGAAGGCUCUAUAUCCUCCCGUCAACAGCAAUGCGAUGAUCACGAGCCUGGGUUCCAGGCUUACUGGCAUUCGGACCCGUGUAGGUUAGGCUGUAGGGUUGGGUCGUCUCUUAUUCUACACGGCCGAGUUAUAGACGGAACGCGCUGCUCAAGUGAUGACCUGAACAAGGAUGUAUGCAUUGAGGGGAAAUGUCGGUCUGUUGGGUGCGAUAGCGUACUGCUCUCAGGCACCGAGCGGGAUCGCUGUGGCGUGUGCGGCGGAAACAGCUCGUCAUGUGACAUCAUUCGCGGGGAGUACGUCAAGGACUGGAGGGGCUAUGGUCCGUGGAAUCCUGACAAGAUUGUGCUGAUUCCUAAAGGAGCAUCUAAUGUGUUCGUUGAGCUGAGAGAAAAGACCAUCCAUCUUCUGGGCGUACAAAACAGCAAGGGGCAGUACGUGUAUAACGUGGGCUACACGUGGAGUACCGUGGUGCCGGCGGCGGGGACAAAGGUCGCCUAUGAUCACGAGGACUGGCUCUACAAGGACAAGGUCAAGGUCAAGGGGCCGACAAAAGAACCGCUAUGGAUAAUGUUUGUCAGCGAUGGAAGUAAAAACCCCGGCGUGGACUAUUCUUUCUACUCCCCCUCCCCAUCUAAGGUGACCGCUGAUGACGUUGAGUGGACCGAGGGCUCAUGGAGCACGUGUACAGAGCCAUGCGCAACGGGAUAUCAAAGCCGUACAGUGGAAUGUCGGAGGACAGACGACAAGACGUGGGUGAGCGAUGAUGUGUGCAAACUGAAGUCUGGUAAACCUGACACGGAGCGAAAGUGCAAUGAGCAGCCCUGUGCGAGCAAGUGGCACGAGACCGGCUGGCGACCGUGCUCGAAGACUUGUGGGAAGGGUAGCCAGCAGCGUCACGUGGUCUGUCGCAGAAAGGUCGCCAUAGCAACGUACGAAACAAGACCGGACGAGGAAUGUAAAGAAGACGAUAAGCCACAGCUGUCGCAGCUUAUGCGCCCGUGCAACGAACUUGACUGUCCAGCGGAGUGGGUGCCGUCCUCAUGGUCAGAGUGUUCUGCCACAUGCGGGCCGGAUGGCGUGACGGUUCGCACUCUCUCGUGUAAGAGACUCAACCAAAAUGGAGUCUACGAGCCAGUCCACAAGAUCCAGUGUAAGCACGCAGUUCAACCAUCGACACAAGAAGCUUGCAACCAAGACGUCAACUGCCCGAUGGCUCUAAUUACUGCUAACGGCAAGAAGUUCGUCCCCAUUGGCUGCUAUCGCGACUAUAGUGGGUACCACGCAAUACCCCGGAUGGUGGCAAACCUGAGAAACAAGAUUGACUGGUAUGAAAUGAAGAAGACGGUUGAAAAUUGUGCCGAGAAAGUGCAGAAAAAGAACUCGACUUACACUGUCUUUGGUAUCCAGUUCUACGGUGAGUGCUGGUCCGGUGAUGGUGCGGACGAAACAUACGCAGAGUACGGGUCAUCCAAGAACUGUUGGCAGGGUGUGGGAGGGCCACACACCAACUUCGUCUACACCUUCGUGUGAUGAGUGAGGACAUGAGUACGAGCGCAAUGGAUCACGGGGCAUUAGAUGACUCCUAAAAAAUCAUGAUGAUUGCUCGAGACAAUUUAUUUAAAAAUGUUUACCGCUAUUUAAAUCGCAGGGAAAACAGAUAAUUAGUGAUAACAGUGAACUUAUGAAUACAAAUUGAGCAUCAAUCAAUGGUUUGAUUAAAAUUCAGAGAAACAGA